UUUUGCAGUUGGUGUCGAUGAAGCCAUGCACGUUGAGCGCAGUGCGCACCACGGAACUUUGUUGGGGAAUGUGACCACGUGACUCUUCGCGUAUGCGCUCAUCGUGACGCGUGACGUCCAGCGGACUUUCUUAUUCUACCGUCAUGUUACCCGAUAUCCAGAGCUUAUUGGGUGCCAACCCAUCUGCUGAUUCCAUAACUGAAUUUCUGAAAGAUCUUGUUCAACACUCCAAUACGAGCUUGACAGCUCCGGAUGUGAAAUCAUAUUCAGAUGCAGUCUACUUCAACUACUAUCCUCUAGGGGUCAGCUUCCUCUUUAGCCCUCAAAACGGGUACAAGCCCACUGGGGGGCUGAAGCUCGAGGACCUUCAAGUCGAUUCACUAGUGCUUGACAGCAUCAACAUCUACAACUCCCCAAAGCCCAAGGCCACCCCCGCCAAAAAAACCACGUCCAGUAGAACAGCGGAGCUCGCCUUUUCUACGUAUCCCAUGUCAAAAUGGACCCUUUCGUUCCCACCUGGGGCUUCGGCGUCCGACGAGUCCUCGAUCGAGAUCUCGCUUACGACAAAUGGUAAAGAUUUUGUCAGCUGCCUUGGAGAACCUGAUCGGAAAGGCGGUGGUGCCGGGCCUUCAGCCGGGUCCAUUGGCAUUUGGUGUGAGUGGUCGAAGCACGGAAUUAUGGUUGAGUUUGGAGGGGAUGAAGCCAGAGGACCACAAGCCUGGGAACGUGGCAAGGAUGCCAUAUGGAAGGUCAUUACGGUAUUUCCCAAAAAGCAGGAAUAGAUUCAAAGAAGGCUAAGUUCGAGUUGGUCUCUCAUGGGCAGACUAUAGAGGCUUUGUUCCUUUUGUGUCACGACGUGUUCGUCAAAAGGAAGCUGCCGCUGACGCAUGCAU